AUAUCUUGACCAUAGAGUACUUUUUACAUUACAUAUCAAUAACUAAACAAGGAAACAUAGUGAAACCAAAUUAUGUGAUUAGUGACAAAUACCAAACUAUAGUGAAUAAAAUGAAACAGAUAAGGCGAACAUAAUUCUCAUACAAGUGAUACAACUCCCCCUCUCAAUUCCUCUCCUAACUCCUAAGAACUUGUAUCCAUUAGAAUAACAAAGGAGGGAAAAAAAAAGUACACUUAAAUUAAACUGAAUUAAACAAAAUCAAAUUGGCAGAGACAAAUAUUCUUGCUGUGCGGCUUGUAAUAAAUUUAAUCCAUCACCAAAAAAAAAAAAAAAAAAAAAAAAAGGAGUAUUUAUUUGCCUCUUCUUCAAUUCAAUUCUCUCUCAUCACUUUAAUUUCUCUCACACAAACACACACACACACUACACUCAUCCAUCCAAACGCAGACAAACAACUUCUAGUCAUAGAGAGAGAAACCUAACUCAUUUCAGACAUUCCUUUUUCAAAAAAACAAACAAUUUCACCUCUACUUUUAAUCUUAAUUUAAACACCAUUUUUUUCUUCCACUUUUUUUUUUUUUUUUUGGGUCUUCUGCUUCUUCUUCAUCUAUUCAUGGACACCGCUCAAUGGCCUCAGGAGAUAUUAGUGAAACCAAUGGAAGAAAUGAUCCCCAAUACAUGCUCAUCCUCAGCUACAACCCAAAUUACAAACAUCAACACUAAUAUCAGUAGUAGUAAUAACAAUAACAACAACAAUUCGAAACCGAGUUCUACUUCUUUGGAGAGGAAAGUAAGGCCUCAAAAAGAUCAUGCCGUAAAUUGUCCGAGGUGCAAUUCAACCAACACCAAGUUUUGCUACUACAACAAUUACAGCCUUACUCAACCAAGGUACUUUUGCAAGACUUGUAGAAGGUAUUGGACCGAAGGCGGAUCUUUGAGAAAUAUCCCUGUUGGUGGUGGUUCUAGGAAGAACAAUAGAUCAUCGACUUCAGCGUUGUCAUCAUCGUCGUCGAAAAAGCUUUCUUCUCAUGAUUUGGUUGCUGCACAACAACAAUCACAUCAUUUUGUUCAUCAAAACCCUAAUAACAAGAUCCACCCUCAUCAUCAUCAACAGCUUCAUAAUUUGCAUCAUCAAGGUCAAGAUUUAAACUUGGGGUUUCCACCAAAUCAGCAAGAAUUCAGAAGUCUUUCUGAAUUCAUGCAAUUGCCUAGUAUUGAAACUACAAAAACCCAAAUUCCAAAUUCUGCCAAUACUACUACUAAUACUAAUAAUAAUAGUACUGAUGGUAGUAGUGCUGCUACUAAUCAUCAUCUUUCGGCUUUGGAGCUUUUGAAUGGUCUUACAUCCUCUAGGGGACUAACUCCCUUCAUGCCGAUGCCGGUUCCGGUCCCGGAUCAUCCCAAUGGCAAUAGUGUUGGUGUUGGUGGUGGUGGUGGCGGCGGCGGUGUCUAUCCAUCCGGGUUUCCCUUACAAGAUUACAAGCCAAGUUUGAAUUUUUCACUAGUUGAAGGGCUUGGAGAUGGGUAUGGGAGUUUACGACAAGGAGAAGUGCACCAACAUCAACAAGUAGUAUCUGAUCAUCAACAACAACAAACAGCUAAUGGAAGGCUUUUGUUUCCUUUUGAAGAUUUAAAGCAAUCUACUAGUGGUGAUCAUAAUACUACUAAUAAUAAUAGUACUAACAAUAAUAAUAAUAAUAAUAAUAAUAGUGGUGAUAAUCAUCAUGAACAAAAUGGUGAACAAGGAGAUGAUUCAACACCUGGGUAUUGGAGUGGCAUGUUGGGUUCUGGAGGAUCUUGGUAGCUUUACUCAAGAUUUGCACAAAUUAUGGAGUAAUUAAUAUGUUUUUUUUUUCUUUUAAUUAAUUUUCUUGUUUUUAAUCUCUUAAAUCUGAUCUAUCUCCUUUGUUCUUUUAGAUUUUCUUAAUGGGGUGAUAUCUGAUAUGACUUGUUUUGAAGGUUUUUUUUUUUUUUUUUU